CAUGGCCGCGCUCCUCGGCCCCGUGUUGUUCAUUUACUUCACAUGUAUAUCUACUGUCCAGACUACUGACUGUCUGCACUUGAGGGAACAAUGUAUUAAUGCUGGAAAAGGAUGUGAGAGUGUCUGGAAUAUGGUUGAAGAUGCCUGCAAUAUUUCAGUUCUAGGUAAUAGAUGCAAGGCAGAAGACACUGUUGGAUGUAAUAGGAUAAUCCAGGUCCUGGCUGAUGAAUACCCAGAAUUUAAAAGCUGUGUCUGCACUUCAGACAACAUCUGUAGCAUCACAACUUUGCUUGGGAAACAGUGCGGCAUUAAUAAAGGCUCUUUGGAGUCUUUCUCGGGCUGGGGGGCCGAGCAGAGCGCUGGGCAGCACGGAGGCCGCGGGGAGCGGCCCGGCUGCUGGGCCGCCCUGGGCAGCUUCCAGCGGGCGUGCCGGCCAGCUGCAAACAGCUGCAGCCCCCCCGGCUCUGCCAGGUGCCUGCUGGCCUGGAGGCACCUGAGGAAAACUGCCCUGGCAAGGUGCAGCUGCUCCGCGCCGCAGCAGCCCAGCUGCACCCGCAUCUGGGAGGGGAUACUCAACCACCCCUGCGUGCAGCGCGCUCGGGAGAGCCAGGCCUCGGGAGCUGGUGACAGGGAUAGCAGCGAUGGCAGUGAUGGCAGUGAUGGCAGUGAUGGCAGCGAUGGCAGCGAUGGCAGUGAUGGUGGCGAUGGCAGCGAUGGCAGUGAUGGCAGCGAUGGCGGCGAUGGUGGCGAUGGCAGCGAUGGCAGCAAUGGCAGCGAUGGCAGUGAUGGCAGCGAUGGCAGCGAUGGCAGCGAUGGCAGCGAUGGCAGUGAUGGCAGCGAUGGCAGCGAUGGUGGCGAUGGCAGCGAUGGCAGCAAUGGCAGCAAUGGCAGCGAUGGUGGCGAUGGCAGUGAUGGCAGUGACGGCAGCGAUGGCGGCAAUGGCAGUGAUGGCAGCGAUGGCAGUGAUGGCAGUGACGGCAGUGAUGGCAGUGAUGGCAGCGAUGGCAGUGAUGGCAGUGAUGGCAGUGAUGGCGGCGAUGGCAGUGAUGGCAGUGAUGGCAGCGAUGGCAGUGAUGGCAGUGAUGGCAGUGAUGGCGGCGAUGGUGGUGAUAACGCUGAUGCUGAUGGUGAGAAAAGUCUGGUCACUGACACAGACAAUAUUAGUAUGGAAACAAAAUUGCAAUGGGGUUUAUCUGCUCUCUCCAAACAAGCAUACACAACAAACAGAAGCUGUCUGGAUGUGAACAGGGAGUGUGUUGAAGAUGAAGUGUGUAACAAACAGCUGUCCCUGUACCUUAAAGUUUGCUCAGUAAACAAGUGCAGUGUGGAGGGAUGCCAAGCAGCCAUAAGGUUCUUCUAUGGAAACAUGCCUUUUGAAGUUGCCCAAAUGAUGAUAUUUUGUGACUGUGUCCAGCAUGAUGAAUCCUGCCACAGAGCCAAAGAACUUCUCCAUGGCAAGCCCUGUGCAGUUGCUGCAGUUCCACCCCCAUCGUGUCUGAAUGUGAUCCACAUGUGUGAAGAGAACCAAUUGUGCAGGAGAAAAUACACAACUUUUCGGUCAAAGUGUUGGAAACAUGUGACAAAAAAAUGCUACAGUGAUGAAGCUUGUCUUGAAACUUUAAUCAAGGAUGACAUGCCCUGUUCUGCCAGCACUGAUUGCAAAGCAGCCUACAUCAGCAGCUGGGGCACGAUGCUGCACAGGGAGUGCACCUGCCAAAAUGUGCCUCCUGAGGAGCAGCCUUUGUGCCAGCUCUUCCAUCACAUGCUGCACAGCACAUCCUGCUUCAGUGACUUACGUCAAAUUUCUAUUCAGAAGAAAGGUUUUCACUGGGUAAAUACAGAAAGGCCAGGGGAAAAGAUUUCCAGAGCACAGCUCCAUUCUUCUGCAGUUAAUGGUGAAAAUGUCUACAUUAUUGCUUACUCCUCCUGCAUAGCUCUCAUCCUAGGAAUAGUCCUGUUGACUCUCCUAAAGAUCAGAGCCUGCAGAACAAAAUAUGAGUCAAGAAGUCCCUCGCCAGACCAUUCUUCUGAAACAUUUAUGGCCCAUUAUAAAAGUCACAGAUGAACUACUCUGUUUCUUGUGCUUUUUAAGGCUAUUCCUGAAAGCCAGCCUGUUGUACAUAUGUGAUAAUAAAAUAUAUAUUAGAAAAACUGCUAUAAAUUAUGGAAUUUUGUAGUUAAGCAUAAAAAAUAUUUUUUAUAUUUAUUAGCUUAUUUUAAGCCUUUCAAAACCUGAGAAAAGGGGUAAAAAUGGUAAAACUGUCAUCUCUCUUAUUUGUGUAGAUUCACAGAUCUGUCUGAGCUGAACAUUUCCUACAUUUUUAGAUGCACAUGACACUGGUGUAAAUGCUGUAUCAACAAUGGCAAUCUUUGAAGCCCACCCUUUCUGAUCUCAAAUCAUCUGGAAGAAAUUAAAAAAAAAAUCCACUCAGAAACAUUUUAGAGACUUGAUAAAGAGCAGAUACGUGGGAGUUUUGCACACCAGGCUCCCAGGUACCAAGUCCCUGGAGCAGCAGUCACAGCUAAGCUGCCUGUAGUUUGAUGGUGGAGCACUUGCAG